GCGCAGUGCCACACAAACGAAGAAUCUCCACCUUGACAACUUCCUAAAGUAACAUGUGAGAAAACGUGCUUUAUUGCUAUCGCACUGUUUACAGACAUUCAUAUGACAAUAUCUUUUACUUUAUCGCGACUUGUAUAUGACAAUAUCUGCCAGAGUCUGUAAUAAAGAGCGCUGUUUUAGAGACGUUCGCCGGCUGUGGUGAACAGUCGAGCUGAACGCGUGUUGAAAAUGCCUGCAGUCACUGUGUUUGUCAGGAGAUUACCUGCAACAGCCACCAAUGAACACCUGGCUGAGGUUUUCUCUGAAAUAGGACCGCUGAAGAAUUGCUUUGUUGUCAGGGACAGAGAGACUGAAAAAUGUCGUGGCUUUGGAUAUGUUACAUUCUCAAUGGAAGAUGAUGCACAGCGGGCCAUAAAAGAAGUCAGAGAAUAUGAAGGCGAGAAGAUAUUUGUAACCGUGGCCAAGAAAAAACCUGAUGAUAAGAAAAAGAAGAAGAAAGUAAAAACAGAAGGAGAUUCAGAAGAUAAAAAGAAACCAAAGCAUGAACCUACAGAAACCAAAAGUCCUGCAAAGAGAACAGGCAUAAAGAAGAUCAAACUGAAAGCUCGUCUGAUCAUCAGAAAUCUCAGCUUUAAGUGUGAAGAUGAUGAUUUAAAACAGAUCUUCUCUGAGUUUGGAACAGUGAUGGAGGCCAAGAUUCCCUUAAAACCAGACGGAAAGAAGCGAGGUUUUGCAUUUGUGCAGUUUAAGAAUAUGGCAGAAGCUGGAAAAGCUCUGGCUGCGAUGAACCUGAAGGAGAUCAAAGACAGACAGGUGGCUGUGGACUGGGCCAUUGCAAAAGACAAGUAUCUCGCCAACCAAUCAGCAGGAGCAGCUGGAACCAUCAAAGAAGAGAAUGUGAAUUCUAAAGGUGCAGGAGAUGACGGGAAAGAAAAAGAGGCCAAAAAAAAGCCCACAUUACAGGAAGAAAAGGAUGAUUCUGAGUCAGAAGAAGAAGAGGCAUCCGAGGAUGAUGAUGAUGAAGCUAAUAGUAGUGAAGAGGAUGAUGCAGAAAAUGAGUCUGAAUCUCAGCAGACAGACAGUGAUGCCAGUGAACCUGAAGAUGAUGACUCUGAUGACACUGGGGGAAAAACUUCUCCAAAGAAGAAGAGAGACCCUCUUCCUUCGGAUGUGAAUGAGGGAAGAACCAUCUUCAUCAGAAAUCUAGCCUUUGACACAGAUGAAGAGGGUUUGGAAGAAGUGUUGUUGCAGUUUGGUGAGCUUAAAUACGUACGUGUGGUGAUGAGCGUGGACACCGGAUAUUCAAAAGGUUGUGCUUUUGCUCAGUUCAAAAGUAAAGAAGGGGCAGACAAAUGUAUCGCUGCUGCUGCUGAAGAUGAAAAAGAAUUUGGUGGCAUUAGGGUUGAUGGAAGGAGAUUGAAUGUUCUGCCUGCAGUAAACAGAGAAGACGCUGUCAAAUUCAAGGACAAGAAAGUGAAAACUCACACAGGCUCCGAACUUUACCUCGCCAGAGAGGGCUUGAUUCGUCCUGGAUCCAAGACUGCAGAGGGAGUUUCAGAAACUGACUUGGCCAAGAGGACAAGAUUUGAGGAACUGAAAAGGGCAAAGUUAAAGGACAUGAACAUUUAUGUGUCUAAAACACGGUUGUGUGUUCAUAACCUGCCUAAGAUUGUGGAUCAACAGAAACUUCAGAAGCUCUGUUUCUCUGCUGCUGGGGGUAAAGGGGUCCGCAUUGCUGAGUGUCGUGUGAUGUAUGACAAGAAGCCUAUUUGUGGUCAGGUGAUCGGCAAGUCUCUGGGAUAGUUUGUGGAGUUUAAAGAGCAUGAGCAUGCUCUACAAGCCCUUCGUCACCUCAACAACAACCCAGACAUUUUUGGACCCCAAAAGAGACCCAUAGUGGAGUUCUCUCUGGAGGAUGGAAGGAAGCUGAAACUUAAAGCCAUUCGUUUGGAAAACAGCAAGAAGCAACUCAAAAAUGGCAGUAGCCAAAAAGGAGAGCAACUGCCGCAGCUGCAGCAGCAUUCGGGGAAGAAGACAGGACCCUUGAGCAAAGCAAAUGCAGCUAAUGUUGUUAAACAGGAGAAAGAACAAGGAAGACAGUACAGCGGCUUUAUGACCAAACCAGAGGUGGAGCAUGUAGAACUGAAGGACGGCAAAAAACGGCCCAAGGUUCUGCACAUGCCUUCACACAGAGGCCCAAAGAUAAGGAAACGCGAUAAAGGGAAACAACCCAUGAUACAACCCAAGAAACAGAAGAAAGUGCCCAGCAGGAAAGAGAGAAAGGGCUCUUCUUUCAUUGAGAAAUCUAGCAUGAACAGAAAACCGAAUAGCAAACCUGCAAAACGAAAGUUCCAGAGCAGAGAGGAUGUCCGCUUUGACACACUGGUGAACCAGUACAAAAAGAAACUAAUGGGAACAUCAAAUACUAAGACUGCAGUCAAAAAGAGCAAAUGGUUCUGCUGAACAUGUGAGACUGAAAGAACAUGUUAAAAAUUUAGAAAACCUCUCAGAGGACGAUUAAAUUUAAUACUUUUGACUCUUGAGUUUUUAAAAUGGAAAAAGUCAGUUUUUCACCAUUCGAUUUUGUUUGUUUGCCUCAGAAGUAUUUCCUUUAUAGAUUUAACAAUGCAGAGAUGGUUCCAAUAUGCAACACACUGUUUUGUGGGGAUGUCUUUUGAACUACAUAUGUUUGUCAAGAGAGUUCCACGCCAAGUUUCAUGUAUCCUGCUGUUCUGGCACAGAGUUUUUUUAAACAUUACAAAGACAGGAUGAAUCGCAAA